CUUCUGUCAGUAAUGCCUGUCUGGAUCUUCUGCUGAAAAGGGGCACAGUGCCAUUGUCCCUGCUCCAUAGAAAAAACAAAAUUUGAAAGAUGAAAAUGGUUUCAGAAGAUCAGAAGUCCAAGAAAGAAGAUAUCCCCACUCCCCAAGAAACAACCAUGCAUAACACAGAAUUUGAUAUGAUUUAUAAGAUUGAAGAUGUUCCACCAUGGUAUCUUUGCAUUUUUCUUGGAUUACAGCACUACUUGACCUGUUUCAGCGGUACGAUCGCUAUACCAUUCCUUCUAGCCAAUGCACUCUGUGUUGGGAAUGACCAGUAUACUGUGAGCCAACUAAUUGGAACAAUAUUCACUUGUGUGGGAAUAACUACAUUAAUCCAAACAACAGUUGGUGUCAGGCUCCCUCUAUUUCAAGCAAGUGCUUUCGCAUUUUUGGUUCCUGCUAGAGCAAUAUUAACACUAGAAAAAUGGAAAUGCCCUCCGUACGAAGAGAUAUAUGGAAAUGGAACAGCACCAUUCAACACCACACAUAUUUGGCAACCAAGAAUGAGAGAGAUACAAGGUGCAAUCAUCGUCUCAAGUAUAGUGGAAGUAAUCAUAGGACUUGUCGGUCUCCCAGGAGCUCUGCUCAGGUUUAUUGGACCUCUCACUGUGGCACCAACGAUUUCUUUAAUAGGACUUUCUGUGUUUGAAGCUGCUGGGGAACGAGCAGGAUCACAUUGGGGCAUUUCAAUACUGACAUUGGUCUUGAUAAUAUUGUUUGCGCAAUACCUGCGCAAUGUACCUUUCUUCUUUCCUGGUUACAAAUUUGGGAAGGGAUUCAAGAUGUACAAAGUACAAAUAUUCAAAAUGUUUCCGAUUAUCAUGGCUAUUAUGGUGGUGUGGUUGCUAUGCUACAUUCUGACACUUACCAGUGUAUUUCCAGCAGACAAAGGAACCUAUGGUUUUGAAGCCAGAACAGAUGCAAGGGGUGAAAUAAUGACCAAUGCCCCAUGGUUUCGAUUCCCAUAUCCAUGUCAGUGGGGACUGCCUACUAUAACAAUAGCAGGUGUUUUAGGAAUGUUUAGUGCAACAUUGGCUGGAAUUAUAGAAUCUAUGGGUGAUUAUUAUGCCUGCGCACGGCUAUCAGGUGCUCCUCCGCCACCUGUCCAUGCAAUUAAUAGGGGAAUAUUUAUUGAAGGUGUUUGCUGUAUUAUUGCUGGACUGCUUGGAACAGGAAAUGGUUCUACAUCUUCAAGUCCAAACAUAGGAGUUUUAGGAAUAACCAAGGUUGGCAGCAGAAGAGUUGUGCAAUAUGGUGCUGGAAUCAUGUUUAUUUUAGGAACAGUAGGAAAAUUCACUGCUCUCUUCGCAUCCAUCCCUGAUCCUAUCCUUGGUGGAAUGUUUUGUACAUUAUUUGGAAUGAUAACAGCUAUCGGUCUCUCCAAUCUACAGUUUGUUGAUAUGAAUUCUUCUCGGAAUUUGUUUGUUUUGGGGUUUUCUUUAUUUUUUGGUUUAGCAUUGCCAAACUUCUUAGACUCAAAUCCCAACUACAUUAAAACAGGUGUGAUUGAAUUGGAUCAAAUACUUACUGUGCUGCUAACUACCGAAAUGUUUGUGGGUGGCUGUAUUGCAUUUUUUCUGGACAACACCAUGCCAGGUACCCAGGAAGAAAGAGGUUUAGUACAAUGGAAACAGGGUGCACAUGCAAACAGCGAAACAUCUGAAGAUCUGAGAAGCUAUGAUUUUCCUUGUGGAAUGAACUUAAUUAAAUCUGUACGCUAUUUUAAAUUUAUCCCAAUUUGUCCACAUUUCAAGGGAUUCAAGCGCUCAGUAUGUGAAUCUAAUAACAAUAACAUUCCUACUGACAAUAAGGACAAUAUUUCUAUGUGCACAAAAGUUUAAAGAAAAAUAUUUUUUCUUUGAAUUCACAAUUCUGAAGGAACAUUAUGAAAUAAAAAGAAAUACCUGAAGGUUUUAUUAACAAACAACUGUUAAGUAUAAAUUAAAACCAGA